UGAUGACUCUCAUCCAUCUAUCUUUUUCAAACUGUGUUUUUAACUAACCGAGAAAUAAAUUAGUCAUGUCGUCUUGAACUCGUCAAUUUCAAAAGAUCAAUGGCUGCUCAAAGAGGAAUUUGUGUGAUGUCAUUUUUGACAUUCGAUCAAUGAUGAAACUUAUCUAUAUUUAGUUACUCACCGAUACAAAUGGAUCCUAUUAUGGUAAUGGUAGUGGAGAUUUUUCAGCAGCAAACGGUCCCAAUGGUAAUAACAAUAUGUAUCCACCUACAUUCACAAGUGACACAUCGUCAUCAUCACCAGUUCUUCAUCAUUUACAAACUCUUCUUGGACCUGUUAUCGAAUCGCCAUUAAACACAAAUCAUACAAAUAGUGUGAAUGCCGAUAAUCAAACAAAACAACAAAAAGAUAUGAUCUACAGGUAACUAAACUAAUAGAUAGAGAAAUAGAUAGAGAGAGAGAGAGGGAGAGAGAGAGAAAUAACAGAAGGAAAGAAGUAAUUUCUUUCUUUUUUUUACACAUCUUCCAUCAUUUUUCUCCUG